AUGCGGCAACGCGGGCGAGGUUUCCUCCUCUCUGCCUCGAGCGUUCUAAACGUUUGUUCUUGGGUGGUUUUUCUCGCCUUUCUCGCGUCGAUUUUUGCCGCAGACGGCGCGUUAUCUUCUUCUUCUUCUUCUUCGGGAGUUUUGCCCCCCGGGGAAGGAGGAAAAGACGAGAAUGCGAAACAACUGAACAACGCGUUGGAGAAGAUGAAACCAUCCUCCGCCACGCACACGGGCGACGGACUGCCGACGUUACCGCCGUACGAAAAUCCGAGAACUGGGGAACGAACAGUUUUGCUUCACCCGGCGACGAUUUUGAACGGCAAACACGUCGGUUUUAGCAAGAAACGAAUUUUGGAAGAGAUAGGAAGGAAAGAGAUGGAAAAAAACCAGUUUUUCGGGAAAAAGUUAGCGAGCGAAGGAUUCGAUUCUGUGAGCAUUUUUGGAGCAGAGAAUGCGAUGAAACCGAUCGAGUUUAACGACGACGAAGAGGAAGGGAAUGCGAAAGCGAAAAAACGGUUCACGUUGCUCGAGUUUGUGACCGCCGCGAAGAAGAAGAAGAAGAGGGCGACGGAAGGACAAGACGCCGUUGAAGACGCCGCGAAGACGAAGGAAGAAAUAUCUUUCUUGAUUGACGAAGAAGAAGAGGAUGAUAUUUUAGGUGGUCGCAGAGUGGCCGUGUUCAACGUGGAUAUGAGCUCAGACGUCGGGAAGUAUUUCGAGAACACCGGGAUGCUUGCGAAAAUCAAAGGACUCGUCGAGUCGCAGAAAAAGAGUAGGAAAAAAAUAGACGCGAUUCGCAUGUCCGUGAAUGAAAUGGUACAAAUGAUGAAGAAAUCAUUGCUGGACGAUCAAGUGAGCGAACAAGAGAGGGCAACGUACGACCACAUGACGUUCUUGACCGCUGGUUCUGGCGACGAGAGUGAUAAACAGUUUCGAGAUGAAGACGCGAGAGAUCAUCGAAGGAAUCGAGGGAGAAAAAUAGCGUCCAUGGAGGAGAUUAAAAAAUCAAAUAGAGAUAACAACUAUUUUAAGUCAGGUCAAGGAAGGCAAAGCGUCCGCGCGGAGUUUUAUAACUCGAUGGAAUCGCACGUUGAAUUAGCGUGGUUAGAUUUUGACGGCAAGGAAGUCAAAUAUGCGGAUUUAGCGCCCGGGGCGAGCACGACGUUGAGCACGUUUACGAAACACAAAUGGUUGGCAAAGAACUACAUCGGCGACCCGAUUUGUUUUUUUAUCGUAGACGACCGAUACCCGACGCUAAAGAAACAGUAUUUUGAGAUUAGUGAAGAUGAGCACGAGGAGGUGACGUUUGUGAUUGAGGAAGAGGAGGAGGAAUCUUCGGAAGCGUACAUCAAGAGGAAAGAGUUGAAUCGAAAACUUUCCCUGGCGAACAACGCUCAAACUGGCGACGAGUUAACUCAGGAAGAAAAGGAGGAGCUGCUAAGAGUCGCGAGAGAGCACAUUCACCAAAUUCUUACGAACGAGAAGAGCGAAGAUGUAAAUAUCGAGGUGGAAUCGGUGCACGUCUUUGAAUCGAGGCAAGAUAUCGUCGACUUUUUCGAGAAGCGCUCGGCGGAUAAAUCGACGGCAUCGAACAAAGGAGAAGAAGAGGAUCCAAACGUCGUGUGGCUUUCCGAAGAACAAUUUUACGAGCUCGGAAUGCCGGAUAAUGCGAAAAUCAAACCGCCGCUCGACGUCGUCGACGCGCUCGUCGAAGAAGAGCUCAUCGAGGAAGACGCGGUGCGAGACGUUUUGAGAGAAAAGAACGGAGAGAACCGAGCGAGAGAAGAAGAAGAAAAAGAUAACGAAGAAGGACAAGACGUCAAAAAAGAGGAGCUGUAG